AUGCCCACUGCAAUCCUGAUAACCGGCGCCGGUGGCUUCGUCGGCCAAGAACUAACAGCGGCCCUCCUCAACACCACACCCCCAGACACAGCCCUAACCAUCACAGACGUCACCUCCGCCCCUCCCAUCCCCGCUAGCGCUAGCAAACACGCCUCCCGCGUAACCUCCAUCCAAGCAGACCUAACCUCCCACGCAGCCGUAGACUCCCUCAUAGACCCUUCCUCCUCCCCACCCCGGCGCUACGAUGUCGUCUACAUCCUCCACGGCAUCAUGUCUAGCGGCUCCGAAGCCAACUUCGACCUAGGCAUGAGCGUAAACCUGUUUGCAACGCACUAUAUCCUCGAUAGGCUGCGCAGGACCAUGCCCGGCGUCAAGGUCGUAUAUACCUCUUCGCUUGCGGUGUAUGGACCCACAGCGCCCGGGUUUGUCAUUACAGAGCGGAACAUGCCCCAGAUGCCUACGUCGUCGUAUGGGAUGGAGAAGAUGGUCAUUGAGCUGAUGCUGAACGAUUACUCGCGGCGUGGGUACUUAGAUGGGCGGGUGGUUAGGCUGCCGACUGUGACGGUGCGGGCGAGGGUGCCGACGCAGGCGGCCAGUAGCUUUGCCAGUGGCAUUUUGCGCGAGCCGCUGAAUGGGACAAAGAGCAUGUUACCUGUCAAGAAGGAGACGGAGCUGUGGAUCUGCUCGCCGUAUACGGCUGUGAGGAAUCUAAUACAUGCGAAGGAUGUGCCGAAGGAGGCGUUUGGGGAUUCGCGGUCGGUGAAUUUGCCCGGGAUUAAGGUGUCUGUUCAGGAGAUGUUGGAUGUUUUGGAGGAGGUUGGUGGCAGGGAGAAGAGGGCGCUGGUGGAGGAGAGGUAUGAUGAAGAUGUUGAUCGGAUUGUGCAGGGGUGGUCGGUGAAUUUUGAUAUUGCGUGGGCGAAAUCGUUGGGCUUUCAUGAGGAUAUGUCGUUGUUGGCUAGUGUGCGGAGGUAUAUGAGGGAGUAUGGUAAAGAUAUCAGUACAGAGAUAUUUUAA